AUGACAUAUGCCUUCCAAACACCCGAGAAGCUUUGCUUCAUACUGGACCUGAUGAAUGGAGGCGAUCUGCAUUACCAUCUGACUCAACACAAUGUAUUCAGUGAAUCGGAAGUUCGGUUUUACGCAGCAGAGGUCAUUCUUGGGCUGGAACAUAUGCACAAUCGAUUUAUCGUCUACAGGGACUUAAAGGUAUUUGUUUGGCACUCUGUUUUGCAUUGCUUGAUCAACAAAGGUUAUUUCUUUAUUACGCUUGGUGAGAACGUCUGGAGUACUAUGAAAACUGAAUUAAGUGGGAGUUUAAUAGCAAGGAGGCGACUCAAAUUCAUGCAGUUUUGUCAACUGGUUCCAAUAAACACCCACUCUUAUCACUAA